AUGGUAACAUCUCCACUUCAGAAGAUGUGUAACACCCUCAAGCUCAACAACCCCUUUAAGAACCGUUUGCUAGUAAUGUUCACGAUGGUUCUUUCUCUCCCCUUCAAUGUUCAAUCGCAAGACGAUGAACAGAACCUGCCGCCACUCCCUCAAACCAUUCAUCCAAGCAAGGGGAUUGUGAUAGCAGUGCUCUCCACCUUGUUUGCCAUAACACUUAUCUUACUUUUAUAUGUGAAGUUCUGUCGAGUCAACCCUCAUCAACUUUUUACCCGAAACUCAAAUCUCCAAAACUUUCACCCAACUCGAUCAAGAUCAAGAGUUUCUGGAAUUGACAAAGAAGUGGUUGAAACGCUCCCUUUCUUCACGUUUUCAUCCCUCAAGGGGUCCAAAGAAGGCCUAGAAUGCACCGUUUGUCUCUCCAAAUUCGAGGACACAGAGACUCUAAGACUGCUUCCAAAGUGCAAGCACGCUUUCCACAUGAAUUGCAUUGACAAGUGGUUUGAAAGCCACUCCACAUGUCCCCUCUGUAGAUGCAGGGUUGAAGCAGGGGACAUCGAGAACCUCAACUAUUCCCUAAGCUCAAGGUUCCUCCGAGUUCCUUCAAAUCUCACGGAGGAGCCAAACCUUGAAAUCAUCGUUCACAGAGAGCCUUCUCAUCGAGGAUCGUCGAGAAGAUGCUUUAGGGACGCGGGGAAUUGCAAGAAACAAGAACUUCUAAUUGGUGAUAGCAGUGGCGGCGGUAGUGCCACAAAGUGGAACAAACAUGUUCACGUGACAAACCAUAAAAUAGUAAUAACUGAUGUUUUUACGAGGAGCAGGUGGAGUGACAUAAAUUCUUCGGACCUGUUGUCGUUGAACAGCGAGAUGCUUAAUGAUGUUUGCAGCACGAGAUUCUGCUUCUGUUCUUUGGAAGCAACCGAAGACAGUGGAAAGCUUCACAGGAGUUGGAGUUGUGAUGAGGAAGAAAACUCGUUUACAGCACUGAAUUCUGCCGAGAAGAGGUGCAUGUCCGAGAUUGCCAAUGUUCCGAGGUUUGCACAAAUGAGGAAGGAGAAAAGGAUCGGAGAAAGUGUGACAUCUAAUGAGAGAUUGGGGAGAGUUUGGUUGCCAAUUGCGCGAAGAACGGUCCAAUGGUUUGCGAAACAAGAAAAGAAUUGGGGCGAAUUAGAACGCAAAACUUUAGCUUCAAAUGUUUGA